GGAACCCACCGGAUAUCAUCUGAUGUUGACUCAACUUUGUCUGGCUUCAUUCACGUCAUCUCUCAACACCAACUCCAGUCUCACAUCUCAAGUGGCUAAUCAGACUGUAAACAACAAGCAGCACAAGGAAAAGGAAGUCUUGGCCUUGAUAAGUGCUGGCUACACCGGAACCCCAGAAAUACAGCCCCUUGGCCCCAGAGGCUCGACCAUCGUCAGACCGGUAGACGGUGGAUCAGAGAUUGACAACAACCAUACUGUACCUUUUCUGAGCUGUGUUGUAUUUCCCCAGGUGAAUGUACUGUAAUGGGCAUUCCCAGCGUGACCACCAACCUGUCUGGUUUCGGCUGCUUCAUGGAGGAGCACGUGUCAGACCCUGCUGCCUAUGGUGUAUACAUCGUGGAUAGACGGUCCUGUUCACCGGAAGAGUCCUGUAACCAGCUGACCCAGUUCAUGUUCAGUUUCUGCCAGCAGUCUCUGCGCCAGCGCGUCAUCCAGCGGAACCGGACUGAGAGGCUGUCUGACCUGCUGGACUGGAGAUACCUGGGACGGUUCUACAUACACGCCCGCCAUCUGGCACUGAACAGAGCUUUUCCAGACAAGUUCAAGAUGGACCCCAUGUACCCGCUGAAGACAGAGGGCUUCCGUUACCCACGGCCCUACUCGGUGCCCCCCUCUCCCUCUGCCUCCGUCCACUCCACCCCCCACCACAGCGAUGAUGAUGAUGAGCCCUACGAUGAAGAUGAGGAGGCUGAGAGGGACCGACUGAACAUUAAAGCUCCCUUUGUGCUGGGUGCUGUGCCAUAGGGCAAGAAGAAGCAACCUGCAGAGUUAGGAAGCUGAGAAGCUGCUGACAAAACAGGUUUACAGUCAGUCACAGUGUUCCUCACGGAUGUGUAAAGAAUAAAGUAACAAGAUGAAAGGCUCU